ACGUACAAUAAGCCCAAACAACGCCAUCUCUAGCUAGCCUUCGUCUUCAGCCUAUAUUCUCAUAGUUCAUCUUGUUCCUCCUCCUGCCUUUCCCAAUCCACGGUGUGCAGCAGUUUUAGCUAGCCAGUUUGGAGAUCAACUAGCUAGCUAGAAUUUGUUUGCCAUGGGAAACUGCAGCUGCCUGGAGCGGGUGAGGGUGACGGCGUGGCGGGACGACGACGUCGACGAUGACUGGGGCCUGCCGGCGGCGGCCGAGAGCUCCGGCAGGCCAGCAAGAGGGGUGGUGUCGUCAUCAGCAGAGAACGGCGGAGGCACGCGCGUCAAGAUCAGAAUGACCAAGGGCCAGCUGCGGCGGCUGCUGGAGAGCGCCGAUCGCCGAGGGACGCCUGACGAAGACGUCGUGGCGGAGAUCAUGAGCAUGGGCACCGUGUGCGUCGACGUCGCGGAGUUCAGGCACGCGGCGGAGAGACACCGGCGGCCAUCCAAGCCCAAGCUCGAGACGAUACAAGAAGAUGACUUGGAUGAUGAGUAGAUAUAUAUUUUUUGGGAUCAACAUCCACAUCGAUCUAUGGCGUUGAAUAUGCAUGUUUGCAAACGCAUGAACAUCUUUAUUUAUUUAUUUAUU